UCGUGGGAUAUUCCGCAUGACCUUCCACACAAAGGUGUCGAUUGGGCCUCGCCGCGGAAGCCGCGGUCAGUUUCUCGUUGGCUGGGAGAGCGACGGUCGUCAUGUAGAAACGUCUGCAGUUAUGAACGCGCGUGCUGUAUUGUCGAUAUCUCUGUCGUUGCUGGCUUUAUUGCCAUCGCCGUCUGUACAAGAUAAUGCAUGGUACGAUUCCCUAUACAAGGCACCUGGUCAACUGGUGGAAGCCGUGAAUUCGGCAUCGGGGAUUGCGACAUCCUUGAAUCUGGGUACUUCAUUGGGCGGUUCUAAAUGGGGCGCGGGCGCGGGCAUCAGUUUUGCCGGGUCACAGAGUCACAGUAAACCGGGUAACAAUAAAAAUGGAAGAGGACCACCAGGUGGUCUUCCUCCCGGAUUAUCAAAUGGAGGCCCUCCGGGGUUAAACGGUAACCUUCCUCCGGGCUGGAACAAAGGAAACAACGAGCGGCCAGCCGAAAAUGGACCUUACACAGAUACAAGUACUGAAAAGUUCACCGAUGAAUCUUUUGCUAACAAUAAUAAUAACGGUCCUCGCGGCCCGGAUAAUCGCGUGCCGAAUCAAGACGAGAGACCACAAGUCAACGGACAAUGCAGGAACGACCAGUUUCGCUGUGGGAGCAACGAGUGCCUGCCAUUAAGUGUCAAAUGCGACGACAAAAUUGAUUGUCGUGAUUCCAGCGACGAGGCAUCUUGCAUUACCAACAGAAAUAACGAAGAGAACGCCUUACCUGGAUCCUGCGUCUUACCUGAGCAGCCUCUGGGUGGACGUUAUAAGUUGGGUGGAUGCGAAGAGCAAUGCCAAAAACAUCCCGGUGACACGGUCCCGAAAAAUAGCAUUCUCACCUACAGCUGUAAGGACAAUUACGUGCUGAAGGGAAACAACAUUUCCGUUUGUGUCGACAGCGAGUGGUACGCACUGCCCUCGUGCCGCAAGAUCUGCCCGACGCUGAGCAGCACCAGCGUAGACAUCUCCUGCAGUUAUCAAGGAGAAAAGGUGUCCUGUAGCGAGCGUGUACUGCCUGGUACCCGAGCCAAGCUGUCCUGUAAAUCAUCUUAUAAAUUACCUUUAACGAACGAUCCGGCUUACAGGGAGAUCACGUGUCUCGACGAUGGUUUAUGGGAUCGUCCCGUUUUUCGCUGUCUACCAGAAUGCGGCACAUCCAUCGCGCAUGGUAACACCCUCAUUGUAAAUGGAUUCGAGGCCAAAGUUGGGGUGUUCCCCUGGCACGUCGGUAUCUAUAGAAAGAAUGCCAACAUGAAGCACGAGCAGAUAUGCGGCGGUUCCCUCGUCAGCAACAACCUCGUCGUCUCAGCGGCACACUGCUUCUACGACGAGGCUUUCGGCAAACUUCACGACGCCUCGAAUUACGCUGUGGCCGCCGGCAAACACUACCGCGCUUGGGAUGUCAACGAGCAGUACACGCAAAAAUCGCUGGUGGAGAGUGUCAAAUUGGGCAGCAGAUUCUUGGGGGCGAGGGGCAACUUCGCCGAGGACAUAGCUCUGGUGAAGCUGAAGACGCCUCUAGAGCUGAGCACGCUGGUGCAGCCGAUCUGCAUGGAUUGGGAAAACGUUUACGAGUGGGAACAGUUACGAAUGGGACAAUCCGGCAAGGUAGUCGGCUGGGGCAGAAACAUCAACGGCGAAUCCACCCAGACUCUGUUCGAAGUUGACAUGCCGUUCGUGCCGUACUCUGAGUGUUUGUCCGCAGUACCAGUAGAUUUCCGCGGGUACCUCACGUCCGACAAGUUCUGCGCCGGCCGCUUGAACGGGUCGAGCGUGUGCGAAGGAGACAGCGGUGGCGGCCUGUGUUUCCAGAAGGAUGGGGUUUGGUACCUUCGUGGUGUCGUAAGCGUGAGCCCGGUGAGAGAUGGUCAUUGCGAUUACAACUCAUAUGUUGGAUUCACUUCCAUCAGCCACUUCCGUGAUUGGAUUCGCGAGGCUUACGUCAGUGCGUAAACGUGUAGAGGGACGUCGGUUGUCCGAAGCACGAAAUGUGUAACCGGCAUCAUAUCGAGCUUGCAAUUAUGUGAAAUGAAUGAAUGUGACGUAUGAAUGACAUAAUAACAGUGACAAAAGCCUGAGAAGCAACCAUCGCCUUGCGUCUUUCACUAAAUACUCCGGCAAUGUCGAGAUGGACAGAGGCGCGCAAAGGACGGGAAAGAAGAUUCGAAGAUUUCCGUGAUUGAAUUCGUUUUAAUAUUACAUAUUGAAUAAACAUCUAAACUGAA